UACUUAUUUAACAUUCGUUUUACCUUGAUGACUCGUCAAUCUCGUCAAUGAAAUGAUGAAUGAAACGAUGCAAUGCAUUUUUCGAAAAUCGCAUAAUUCAUAUCGAGACUUGACCUUUUUUCUCAUAUUCCAAAAAAAGGGUUUGUCUCGUUGCGUAAUGUCAAAUAUAGCAGAAACCUAAAUCAAGCACACGUGCAGAGCAGAUACGAAUGCAGACAGCGAUCUCAGAGACUCCCGCAGUUGCCCGGCUCUCCGCUCUGUCCGUGAGUCUGUCCGACAGCCGUCAGCCGCAUACCUAGUCACGGCAUGUGUAUUAUCGGUGCUUGCACAUAACCUACGGCUUGUGUUCCACAAAAUAAACAAAUUCAUCCGAUCCCGAAGUGUUUCAUCUUGAUAUUUUGAAGAAGUGAACACAGCAAAUUGACAUUAGCACAAUGUUUCAUCGAUUUUGGUCAUCGAACUCUCGCAACAUUUCGCUGUUGUCUCGAGUAUGGAACGGACCCCAAAAUUCCUUCACAGGCAAACAAGCAGAGGAUAAAAUGAUGACAAUAUUAAGAGAAAAAUUCCCAAAAGCUGAAAUCAUACAAGUGCAAGAUGUGUCAGGUGGUUGUGGAGCAAUGUUUGAAAUAAGCGUUAUAGCACCAGAAUUCAAGGGUUUGAAUACUGUAAAACAGCACAGGCUAAUUAAUGAGGUACUAAAAGAAGAAAUUAAAGGUAUGCAUGGAAUAAGGAUACACACAAGUGUGCCUGAUUCUUGAAGUUGUAUUUAUAUAAGUUAAAUUGGAAAGAAUUUGUAAAAAGUGACUUCUAGUUAAAAUUUUGUUAUAUGUUUGUUAUUGUAAUAAAAAUAAUUUGAACUAAAUCAAAUUACUUAUCC